AUGGAGAUUAUGCGCUACAAUGGUGGAGCGGUUUCGGUACGUGUCAUACCGGGCGAUGGACAUUGUUUGUUCGCAGCAUUGGUUCACCAAUACCACAGAAUGGAAAUAAACUCAAAAGAACAUAGAGAUGCCACGCUAGAUAUACGGAAACGUAUAGAAAAUCAUAUAAGAGAAAACCUUGAAAGAUAUGCACCCAGUCUGACGUACGCUGCAGGAUUGGAUUACGGAGAUGCUAAUCAAGGACUGUCAGAUUUCUUAUCUCGAUUGGGUAAUGGAAAAGAAUGGGGAGGCGAGGAGUCUAUCACAGCAAUGACUGAAAUAUACAAUUGCAGGAUUGAUGUAUAUUGCGAACAAGGAGCCAGGAUUAGCUUCAAUGAAAGCGGAGCAGCCAACCGAACCCUACGUGUCGCGUAUCGGAUUGGUGGGCGAACAUCAAAAAGUGUGGAGCGAUCUCAUUAUGACAGCGUUGUGCAGUUACUGCGGAAUGACGCUACAGCAGAAAUACUAUCGACAAACGGAGCGGAGGAAAAUCGUAACAUCGGGACGGGAACCUUACAACAGUUACUAGAGAAGUGA